GUUUUAGUAGGAGUGCAGGCUCUUUUGUGGAGACUGACCUGCCUCCUCCGCCUUGUGUGGGGUGACAAAGACCCCUAAUCUGCUUGCUUCAAAUAUUGAUCCAGCAGUAGCCGAAGAUGCCAUUUUGUUGUAUUAAGCCCCUCCAUGUGCUCUGCUCCAUUUAACUCGGUGGUUAGGUAUUAUUUGGGGAGUUUAUUUCAGUGGCGUGUAUGGUCUGUUUUGGCCUUCGCAUGCCAUCUUAUCCCAAAAAGUUUGUGAUGGCCUUGACAGCCAUCUUCCUAGCCUAUUUACACUUGGAGCCGAUGUUUUGUGUACGCUCGCUUUCUUUCCUUGCUCCAAGGUUAAAUUAGUUCCACUUGCCCAAGUUUACUAUAGACUCGGACUGCGCUGUUUCUUCCCCCCUGACGUGACUUGUGUUAUUUUCAUGCAUGCAACAGAUGAUAUAUUACUUGUUUGGUUGCGAAUUUUAUUUCUUGGUCGGACUAUUUAAAAUUUCCCUUUGUUUACAUCUGUUAAAAUCUGCGUUUUGGCACACAUGCACAGAGAUUUUUUUCUCAUCAGUGUAUGCUAGUACUGAACUACAAAAGAGGCUGUAAAAGCACACCACCUGUUGGUGUCCAAGUGCCUCUAUUCUUCCACUUGCUCCCCUUACCACUAGUUCCCCUGUGAGGCUUGCAGAACCACCACUCAGCAUCAGAGAGCGGCCUCGGGCUUGCGUUGGAAUGCAAAACACAGGGGUUUAUUAGAGACUGAAGGGUAUGAACGAACAGCAGCAAAGAAUGGCUGCAGUGGGAACUGACAAGGAACUCAGCGACCUCCUGGAUUUCAGUGCGAUGUUCGCGCCUCCAGUAGCCAACGGGAAGAACAGGACAAUGACCCUUGCCAGCACUCAGUUUAGUAGCACAGCAAUAGACGAGCGCAGCGGCUCCGGGUCUUGGGGCUCCGCAGAACAGAACAGCCCCUCAUUCGGCCAAGCACGGCAGGGCUAUGGAGAAGGACCCCACUACAGUGAGCAUGAGGGCAUGUCCUCUCCGUUCAUCAGUUCAGGAAUUACCAGUAAAAACGAGAGGCCACCAUACCCUCCCUUUGGAAGCCAGCCUGGUUUCCUUCCUAGUGACAUAUCGAUGCCCAGUCCAGAUGCCAUGUCCCCCUCCGGUCUCAAGUCUGGUUCUCAGUUUUAUCCAUCAUACCCCAACAACCCCAGGAGAAGGCCGCCCGAUGGAGGCAUAGACACCCAGCCAAAGAAGAUCCGGAAACCCCCUGGCCUGCCAUCCUCGGUGUAUGCUUCCACAUCUGGUGACGAAUAUGCCAGAGACAAUGGAGGAUAUCCUGGUGCUAAGCCUGGAGCUGUGUAUCCUGGCUCAUUCUUUGUGCAAGAAGACCCUUGGUCAUCUUCAGGCUACUCUGCCAUGCUGAGUAAUUCCCCUCACAUUGGACAACCAGGCUCCUUCUCUGCAAUUAACCCGCAGGACAGAAUGAAGCGUCACCCCCUGCCUCUGUCCCCACAGAACUAUCCUCUGCAUGGAAGCGAAGUGAAUGGCUUCCACUCAGCCCCCACCACCUACAACCACACACCCACCAUCAACGGGGAAGGCAUUAUGGCCAACCGAGGCACCACAGCUGGCAGUUCAGGAGAUGAAAUUGGGAAGGCGCUUGCCUCAAUUUACCCAUCGGACCACAACAGUAAUAAUUUCUCCUCGGCUCCAUCUACUCCUGGAUCUCCUCAGGCUAUUGCAGGAGGAGCUCAGUCUCAGUGGCAAAGACCAACCACACCCAACUAUGAAGGGCAGCCACAUGCACUGCAGAGUAAAUUGGAGGACCGCUUGGAAGAGGCCAUACAUGUGCUCCGUAACCAUGCUGUGGGCCAGGGCCCUGGCUUAGAGGGCGCCGACAUGCACAGCCUGCUGUCCUCAGUACACAACGGGGGCCUCGGAGGCCUCUCUCCAGCUUUCCCCAAUGCUAGUCUCGCCCUCAGCAACAGACAUCCUGCUGCUAUGCAGGGAGGGAAACAUGAGGAGCCCACAGGCCUCCCACCCAGCAGCACCCUCCUGCACGGUCAUCACGCAUCCGGACCCACGCCGUCAGCUGGACAGCCAGAAGGCUUUAGCAGUCUCCCUGGUGGUAUGGCCCGCUCCACACACUCCUCCAGCAGCUCAGACAUCAAAAGAGAAGACAGAGAGGAUGAUGAAAACUCAUCUGUUGGAGACAAAUCAGAGGAUGAAAAGAAGGACUCCAAGGCAGCGCGCAGUCGAACAAGAAAGGAGGCGUUGACCCUCCAGAUGCUCUCUAGCCUUUCAGACCCGAAAGAUGAUCUGGACAAUGAAGAUGACGAGGACCUUCCCCCCGAGGUGAAGAUGGAGCGCGAGAGGGAGCGGCGAGUGGCUAACAAUGCCCGCGAGCGUCUCAGAGUACGGGACAUCAACGAAGCAUUUAAGGAGCUUGGGAGGAUGUGCCAACUGCACCUCAGCCAUGACAAACCUCAGACCAAACUUCUCAUACUUCACCAAGCUGUCAAUGUCAUCCUCAAUUUAGAACAACAAGUCAGAGAGCGCAACCUUAACCCCAAGGCUGCGUGUUUAAAACGCCGUGAGGAAGAGAAGGUGUCUGGGGUGGUGGGUGAAUCGCCCAUGCAGCUCUCAGGAGGCCACCCUAGCAUGGGAGGAGAGGGCCACAAUCCAGUUGGCCACAUGUAACACCAGAUCUGGUGGUGUUCCCCUGGCUCUCAGAGGAUGUGGCCUUAACAGAUUUCUUCCACCCGUUACUCUCAGUGUGUGUGUAUAUGUGGACAUGUCUGUGUGUUGUCCGUUCAAGUUUCAAGAUGCACAUUCACACACACUCGUACACACGCAUACUGCCAAAACUGACAAAGCCUGUUUGUCUCACUCCCAACCAUGACUACAAGCUCAAAUGUGAAGAACUUUUUCUUUCUGUUUUUUUUUUUUUUUUUUUUUUUUUUUUUUAAGUUUUGCUUUGUUUUAUACAUGUUAAAAUUUUUAUUUUCUUUUUGGUUUCCACAUGAUGUUGGAACGCCGGAGUACUUUUUGUCCUGCCACACACAUUGGGACUUCACACACUGCCGAGAAGUGCUCUGGUGGAAACAAAAAAAAAAGGAGACCUAAACAAACACAAAUUGAAUCAAGGAUUUGUGCCUAAUUGUUACAUGUUUUCUAUUUGACAUUUAAGCAAAUUGCUUUACAUGUGAGGAACAUUUAUUGUGAGGGAUUGCUUAUGUGUAUGAGCAAUUAUUUUUUUAAUGUAUGUCAUUCCCAGCGUGAUGGUACAGUCUUACAUAUGUUAUGUAACCAAGCCCAUAGUUGAAGCUGAAUUGUCCAAACUCUGUGACUUUUCCUUGGGUGUGUGUGUGUGGAGGGUGGCGGAAAGGUCGCAAGGCAAAGGUCAAAGUUUUGACAGUUCAAACGCAGCUUACAUGAAAGACGGGAACUCUCACCGAGUGAAAGUCUCUGACUGGAGCCCGCUCUCAUCCCACAAGGCAUCUGGAGACUUGGAAUCGAAGACUUCUUCCUUGAAGGUUAUGAAUUAUCCAAGUGGUAGAAUCUGUCAACAAAACAAAACUGUUCUUCCUAUUUGUUGACCACAAAUUCUAGUGUUGCUCCAGUAGCCCCUUGUUUUAGAUCCAGGUUUUUGUACUGCUUUAUGUACUAAAGCAUACCUAGACAAGACAAAGCACAGUUGUAUAGUUUUAGGCUGGAAGUUAAGUGUUGACCUGUAUUGCAUUUCAGUCCCUGAAAGUUUGUAUAAAAGCCAUUUGACUCGCUAAGUGAUCAGCCCCACUUAGUGCUUUCUUGAAAUGGUUUACUGACAGUGCCAGCAGACUUUACAGCUCGAGUCUUUCCCCUUAAUUGAUGUUCUGUAAAAGACACAAAAAAAAGAAAAAAAAAAUAUCCAGGUUUCUUUACAGGAGGAAUCUCAUCAGUCUGAAGUUGUUAAAACAGACGAGCCUUUGUAUAACCGAGGCUUUCUUUUCCUAAAUGAGCAUUCCCACUGAAUUACAGCUCCUCACCUUCCUCUUGAGUAGUAAGUGUGUUCUCACGUUUCUUACCGAGAGAAGUGUGACGUGUAAAUUCACUUCAUACAUUAUUCUGUUUCAUUUUUCAAAAUUAAAUAUAUAUAAAAAUAUAUAUUUUUUGUUAGUCUAUACAUUGUAGAUUUUUUACAUAAAUGGCAAUAUUAGUUUGAAGUUUAGAGUGUAUUGUAGAUGAGCUGUAUAAGGGGAUAUUUGACAUAUAAAUGAAAUUGUUCAAUUCAAAGUCGAACUGGGAUGGCAGAGGAAAAGGGUCAGCAGAUGAUCGGCGGAAGAUGUUGAAAGCGUUCGGUGUAUCCCUUUUAUUCCAGUUUUAGUUGUGAGGCGUAUCAUCAGCUACCCAGAUGAAUUCUUUCUUUCCAUUUGGGACAUACGUGGACAGAGUUUGUGCCACUGUCUUGUUGAAGAGUUCAGACUUCGACAGUGAGGCGCUGACAAAAAAAUGUGGGAAGGGAUUUUUGUCUUUAACAGUAAUUAUGCAACUGGUUUUUGAAUGUAGCUACCAUACAAAUGUGGAUCGCCUUCAUUUUCAAAGUUGUGUUCCUGGGUUUCGUCAGUACAGUAUGAUAGUUUUCGUUUCACCUUUUUUCUAAAGUCUGCCCUCAACCAAGUGGCUCUCAGUGUGCAGCUUUCCUGCGCAUUUAUUCUGGAGGCAGACGCCAUGAUUUUGGUGGAAGGUAAUGGAUAAUGUGGAGAACAAAACAGUGUUAUUGUGAUGUUAUUCCCAUGUCAUGUUGUGAAUGGUUUCUUUUUUACCAACAUGUAAUCACAAAUGGGAGGUAGAGAAUUGUGUGUGUUUAAUUUCUACAAAAAAAAAAAAAAAGAGAUGAAGAAAAAGACCUAUACAAAUCAAUAGUGUGGCCUUUUCAUUCUCAAGACUUAAGAUGUCAUGAUGGGAGAGUGAUACCUUAUCAGUGCCUGAACUUGUAUUUUCAUUUAAGACAGUUUUUAUUUUGUGACCCAUAUCAUUUCAUUUAUCAUGGAGAUUAAAGAGGUACUUGUUCAUUCCCCCACCCUCCCUUCUCCUAAUGCUUUUUUCAAUUUUCAGGAAGAAGUUUAAAUGGUAUAAAGAGAUUUUUCUUUCAGUGUAUCUAGUUAAAUAAAUAAAUGUUACGUAGAUCUUG